AGAGGAAGAGAGGCUGCAUGUGGAAAGCUGAGAGCAGAGCAAAAGCGGAGAAGCAUUCAGCUCUUGGCCACCACGGAAGACGACUGACAACUUGCCGACUAACAACACUCUUCUGGAGAAUCGAGAGCUCUUCAGUCAGCCGCGUGGUUCUUCACCUUCUUCCUCCACUUUGAAAUUGUUUCAGGAAAGUGACGAGGCAUGGGAAUGUGCCACGUGGGAAACAUGAAGGUUCGCGCAGGAACGUUCAGGUCGUUGGCGGACGUGGAUGGAGAGUGAGAGUGACGGACAUUUUCCACCGAGGUCCGGAUCUGCAAAUGAGUAGGAAAAACAUGGAAUACUUCAGAUUCCUUGGCGGGCUGACAUUGAUUCUGGUUAAAAGGAAGCAGUGAAAUGUUUUGUUCUUCUUAAGGGAGAGGGGAAAGUUAGUGACACACGGACAAAGCCAUGUUGAAUGUAAUCAUGAUCACGGUCCAUCCCUGUCAGCUGCUCAUGCCAUCUCACAGGUGUGGGGACAAGUUGGGGUAAGGAAGCUUUUUAGGAAAUUCCACCCAGCUUUUUAAGUUUUUUUUUCUCCAAAGUGCAUAUUUUGUCCUCAGGAAGCAACAUAUUUGCCAGAAAAUUCUGUCAAGACAGAAAAUUAAAAUUCUUUAAAAACACAGAGCUAAUAUUUUUAUCAUGAGCGCUGCUUUAACAAGCUCAGACUUCAAGGAUGUGAAACCUGCGACUUCCGUUCAAACACCUUUCAUAAGGUUCUUCUUUUUCUUCUCUCUUUUUCAUGAAGAUACUAGUCCCAGGUUUGGAUUUGGGUUUUUUUCAGUACCUGAAGCACUUCUGUCUCCUUUGUUUUUUGCUCAUUUUUCCAGACCCUUGAGACACACGGUGACAGUAUCACCCAAGCAAUAAAAUUUUUAGGAACGCCCUAUUAUCCUUUAAGAUCAAACAGCUGCUCUUUUCUCUCGCUCUCAAUUCAGUAGUCUGCUAUUCUUGUUUCCCUCUGUGGAGGAUCAUCUGUUGACCCUGACAGACAUUUCAAGGCUUCAGUUCCCUCGGAGGUGCUGGAAUACCCAACACAUUUGUUGCAUUGAAGGGUACUUCAUAAAUCAAGAGGCACUUUGCAAUGCUUUACGGUAUUUUAAAGGAAAUGCUUCUUCAAAUUUGAAUUCCCUUACUCCAGUCUGGGCUGUUCCUCUUUAGAGGUACUGGGGUGAGACUAUGAACCUGCGUGGCAGAAACAUGUCUGAGUUGAUCUCUAACACCAUCAGGACCUUCAGUGCUCUGGAGUCCAACCCUUGGCCUUCGCCUUCGCCCGAUAAUUUGACGCACUUCAGGUGUCAGGGGAGCAACCUCGCCCGCAACGGCAUCGAGACGCAAGCGGCAAACUGGUCCCAGCGCGGUGGCGUGGCGGACUUCGGAUCUCGCUGCCUUCACGCCGAGUCACAAGUGGAGAAGAACUGGCCGGCGCUUCUGAUUUUGGUCGCCAUCGCCGUCACGGUCAUGGGCAACAUCCUGGUGAUCCUGGCGGUUUCCCUGGAGAAAAAGCUGCAGAACGCCACUAACUACUUCUUGAUGUCACUGGCAGUGGCUGACAUGCUCCUCGGCAUCUUGGUGAUGCCGGUCUCCAUGGUGACCAUUCUCUACGAUUACAAGUGGCCCCUUCCCUCCGACCUCUGUCCGAUCUGGAUCUACCUGGACGUCCUGUUCUCCACGGCGUCCAUCAUGCAUCUCUGCGCCAUUUCACUGGACCGCUACAUCGCCAUAAGGAACCCCAUCCACCACAGCCGCUUCAACUCCCACACCAAGGCUCGCAUCAAGAUCAUGGCAGUCUGGACCAUUUCAGUGGGCAUCUCAAUGCCGAUUCCCGUGCUGGGACUCAGAGACCACUCCAAAGUCUUUAAAAACGGAAACUGCCUGCUGACAGACGACAACUUUGUUCUGGUGGGUUCCUUCAUCGCCUUCUUCGUUCCACUAACCAUCAUGAUCGUCACCUACUUCCUGACCAUCCAUGCCCUGCAGAACGAAGCCACGCUCUGCUUGGACCAGCUCGUCCCGCGGCCCAAAUGGAGCACCACGUUCACGCUGAGCUUCUUCCCUCAGAGCUCCCUGUCCUCCGAGAAACUCUUCAGGCGCUCCAUUAGCCGAGAGGCCGGUGGGAGAGGAAGCGGCGGCGGUCUCGGCGGCGCCCGGGAGAGCAUCUCCGGGUCGAUGUUCGGACGACGCACCAUGCAGUCCAUCAGCAACGAGCAGAAGGCGUCCAAGGUGCUGGGAGUCGUGUUUUUCCUCUUUGUGGUCAUGUGGUGCCCGUUCUUCAUCACCAACGUGCUGAUGGUCGUGUGCCACCACAACAUUUGCCACCCGGAGGUCAUGGAGGGCCUGUUGAACAUCUUCGUCUGGGUUGGGUACUUGUCUUCGGCCGUCAACCCGCUGGUCUACACACUUUUCAACAAGACGUACCGCACAGCUUUCAUGCGGUACAUCCGCUGCCAGUAUCAGCCAGAGAAGAAGCCUCUCCAGCUCAUACUGGUGAACACCAUCCCCCCUCUGGCCUUCAACUCCACCCAUCUGCCCCUGGGCGACAUGGGGAGGUUACGCAACGGAGCGACGCACGGUGAGACGGAAGGAAGGGAAUUCUCCCUGCCGGGGAAGGAAACGGAGAAGUGCAAGCAGGGCAAAAGCCAAAGAGACAAAGAUGAGAGCAGUGUGUAAGGAAUAUCAAAGAAAACCCUUUGUUAAAGGUAGCUGACCACACAUCAGAUAAAGGCCUACACUUCAUCUGUUUGCUGAAGGUACAGAGACUGUCCCUACCAAUUUACAGUGUAGAGAGUUUAAAUCUUGUUGUCGUACCAAUCAAAAAGGCACAAGGCACUUAGUGCAUUAUAAAAGCGUUCUGAACAGCUUCAGUUGUAAAUGCACAGUUCAGAUUAAUCCAGCAUUUGAACAAUUAACAAGACCUGGAGCAACUGAAGUAAAAGUGACAAUUGCAGAUUUAAAAUUUAAAUUUUAAAUCUAGCUGGUUUCUAAUUACAAACUUCCACUUAAAGGGAGAAAUUUACUCUUAGCCACCCGGCCACAACGAAAGAUGUCACUUUUACGAAAAAGAAAUAAUUGUAUUUUUGUAUAAUUUCUCUACCCUUGGGCACUCACCUGCAGUAAACCAGAGCAGCUCGUUCACUCUGCCAGCUGCCUGGCAUCCCACCUUCCAUCAAACUGAACCUCUGGGUGGAUCAGAGGGGAUUAUAUUGGAUUUGCUCCCACUUGGUGGAACGAAGGUGUCAGAGAGGGAAAACCUGGCACACCUUGACUCAAAACACUCACAAAGGUCAGCUUAGGCUGCCAAAGAAGAAGAAGAAAAACUUUCUGCCUCUGUUUUGUUGAAACUCUGUAUGAGUAACUUUUAAAGGUUUAUAUUUUCAAGCGUGAAGUUGAUUGUUGCAUUGCAUUGCUGAUAUGAAGACUGCAAAAUGAGAUUAUAUAAUAGCAGGAAAUGAAGAGGGUUUAAAUGUUGAUGUAUCCCCUUGUAAAAGUCCCAGCUCAUAUUGUGCUCUUACCAAACUAUGGGUGCACAUUUCCAGUCGUUUCAGUCAUAACACUUUGUGUUCAGUGCUCUGAUAGGUGGCUACCACAUGUUCAAACCUUUGUAUGAAAAUCUGUGAAUGUGGAACUGCUGUGAAAGACUGAAUUAAAUGACUCAUUGACGCAGGAUGUGGUGUCCAGGCCAGAGUUGGACAUUGUACAUCAUCUUCUGGGACUUGAAGCUACGACAGCGUAGCAGGGCCGUUGUACAAAGGGAAAAAAAGGAGUAAAU